AUGGCCAAGAUCUUUGUUGGCGGUCUCGCCUGGGCCACUGAUGAGACCAGCCUCCGCCACGCUUUCGAGCCCUACGGCGAGGUCCAAGAGACCAACGUGGUCCGGGAGCCUGAGACCGGUCGUUCCCGUGGUUUCGGCUUCGUGAAGUUCUACCACGAACAGGAUGCCGAACGUGCCAUCGAGGCUAUGAACGGCCAAGAGCUGGAUGGUCGCCGUAUUCGUGUCGACCACGCCAAUGAGCGCCCCCGCCCUGACUACCGUGGCGACCGCCUGCCGGCGAGCCACCAGCGUUACCGCGACGGUGGUUACGGCCGUGGAUGCUAA